ACAGAGACAACUAUCUGAUUGACACUAGAAAUGUCAACAAAUGUAAAAGCAUUUUUGAAUGUAUGAAUAUCAAUAAAUUCAAUAAUAAACACAUUUUUUUAUAACGUUUGGUUAAAAAAUGUCAGUAUAAUAAUGUCUUUAAAAAAUACUGGAGACGUCGAUCCAAUUAAAAAUGAGCGUACAGGCGAUGUCAGAGAAGUAGGAUCACAAGCAAUUUGGAGUCUUUCAUCCUGCAAACCAGGUUUUGGAGUAGAUCAACUUAGAGACGAUAGAGCUGAUACUUACUGGCAAUCUGAUGGUCAGCUACCACAUCUAGUAAAUAUCCAAUUUCAAAAAAAGACCACCAUUAGUGAUAUUUACAUUUAUACAGACUAUAAACUUGAUGAAAGUUACACCCCGAGUAGGAUAUCUAUUAGGGUAGGAACACAUUUCAAUGAUAUACAAGAAAUUGAAGUUAUUAUGUUAACAGAACCAUCAGGUUGGGUACAUAUACCAAUAAAAGACAUAAGGGAUGAACCAAUAAGAGUUUUUAUGAUACAAAUAGCUGUGACCAGUAAUCAUCAAAAUGGUAGGGACACUCACAUGAGGCAGAUAAAAAUACACAGUCCUAUAGAAGCGUACCCUGGAAUACCUACUGAAAAUUUUCCAAAUUUUUCUACUGUGGAGUUUCAACAAUAUGCCACAAUACGAUAAUAGAUUUUUUAAAUAAACUGUGUGAUAUAAAUUUACCUUUAACAGAUUUUAUUUGUUUUAAAGGGUAGAACUCGAGACUUUUUAAAUAUCUCUUUGAAAGGUUUCAAUUUUUUUAUAUAUAAUUAUUUUAUUAAUAACUCAAUAAUUACAUUUUCAAAUACA